AUGGGCGCUGUCGAACUCACCUACCAGGAUGUUGCUGAGCACAACACCAAGAAGGACAUCUACAUGGUGAUCCACGACAAGAUCUACGACUGCACCAAGUUCGUCGACGAGCACCCCGGUGGCGAGGAGGUUCUUCUUGACGUCGGUGGUCAGGAUGCCACCGAGGCUUUCGAGGAUGUCGGACACAGCGACGAGGCCCGCGAGACCCUGGACCAAUUGUACCUCGGUGACCUGAAGCGCCAGCCCGGAGACCCUGCCCCCAAGAAGCAGGUUGCCGCCAGCAGCUCAGCUUCCAGCACCGAGAGCCCCGGCUUCGGCAUCGGCCUGUACGCCGUUCUCCUCGUGGGUGGCGUCCUCGCAUACGUCGCCUACAACUACCAGCAGCAGCAACAGCAGCAGUCCGCAUAA